GCAAGCAUUUCACUGUAAAGUCUACACCUGUUGUAUUUGGCGCAUGUGACAAAUGCAAAUUGAUAAGUGUUUGGUGUUUUCACGCCUUUCACACAAGAGAAUAUGAGUAAUAUAAAGUUGAUGUUCAAUGUCAUGUCUCAGUUAAAUUUUAUGAUUGAAAUUACAAACCCACUCUGUGAAUGUAUGUUUUUUAACAUGUAGAAAAUCAUAAUUAAAGUAUGCCUACAUCAAUCCCUUGAAUACCAUAAACAUCCUGUCCCUGUCAAAUACUUUUAGCUUUUAUUGUUUGGUCUGCUAGUAUAAUUCAGUCCUUAGUUGUUUUUGAUUAUUUUCAUCCAAAUGGCAUUGCCCAGAUUGUAUAUGUACUUUUUCUCUUGAUAUGUUUUUGUUUCUUCUUGCUUAACUUUUUGCCUGCAUGUAAGGAAGAGUGUCUAAAGUGGUUCUACUUGAAAAAUGAUAUGCAAAUAGAGUAUAUUGUAAAAAUUAUCAUGAGAAAUAGUAGUAAUUUGUGUCUGAAUUUUGUGCAAGAAUAUGCCAGAUAGAACACAUGCUAGAAAUCACAGAAGAAAACAGGACCUGGCAGUUUGUCUGUGGUUUUUAAGCAUGUGACACAGAAUAGUAUGUCUAGAAGCAUUGAGCUUGCCAGCCAGAUACACAGAGCGCAAGCAGUUGAGACACUUCUCUUUGAUCAUAGAAUGGAGAUGUAUGACAACGACGAGUACUUCUACAACGAUGACAAUGACACUGACAUGCUGUACAGUGACAGCGACAAUCUAACCAACCCUGGGGACCACUCCAGCUCCAGACUAUCCUAUUCUCACAUCUACCUGCCACUGCUUUAUUUCCUCAUGUUUUUCACAGGCUUCCUGGGAAACCUCUUUGUGAUCGUGGUCAUGGGCAGCAGGGGGAAGAAGGGUGGUCGUCUGGUGGAUACAUUUGUGGUUAACCUGGCGCUGGCGGACCUGGUGUUUGUCCUCACCCUCCCUCUGUGGGCCGUCUCCUCCAGUCAGGAGGGACACUGGCCUUUUGGGUACCUCCUCUGCAAACUGAGCAGCUACAUCGUCUCUGUCAACCGCUUCUCCAACAUCUUCUUCCUGACCUGCAUGAGCAUGGACCGCUACCUGGCCGUUGUGCGCCUCAUGGACUCCCGCUUCCUCCGCAGCAGCCGGUGUGUGCGUCUCACCUGCGCCGUAGUCUGGCUGCUAUCCCUGGCUCUGGGUAUCCCCUCCCUGGUUUACCGUAGCGUACGUACCCCCAACGGUGAACCCUUUUGUCUGGAGGACGAAGAGUCGUCCUUCUUCCUGGGUCUGAGCCUGACCACGAUCUUCCUGACCUUCGCCCUGCCGGUGCUCAUCAUCCUCCUCUGCUACUGCUCCAUCCUGGCCCGCCUGCGCCGACACUGUGUUGCCGCGGGAAACCCCCGCGCGAAAGCCCGACGCCGCCACUCUCUCAAAAUGGCCUUCAUCAUCAUUGUGGCCUUCGUGGUGUCUUGGCUUCCCUUCAACGUCUUCAAGACCAUCCUAAUUGGUUUCAGGCUGUCUGGGGCCGAUCUGAGCAAUGAGACCCAGACUGUCCUGAGCCAGGGCCUCACUCUCUCCUGCUGCUUGGCCUUCCUCAACAGCUGUGUGAACCCGGCCAUCUACCUGUCCCUGGAUCACCACUUCAGACGGCAGGCAGCGAGCCUGUUCCUGAGCUGCGUGCGGAAGCGUGGGCUGCACCAGGGCUAUGCCUCGUCCACCGACUUCUCCUACAAUGGCACCUCAGAGAGCUGCGGCACAACAGCCUCCAGAACUCGUCUCCAGUCGUUCGACCAGAAAGUCUGAUAGAAGGGUUCUGCAUAUUUUAUAGCCUUUUUGUAGUCCGAAGCCCUAAAGGUUGAGGUGAUUUUAGGUGUUACUGUAUGUAUUUCAAAAGCUCAGUGAAAGUAUUCACUGAAAUAUAUUUUAUGUAUAACAGUUACAACUUGCAUAUCAGAAUUGUAUAUUUCAUUAUCAUUAAUAGUUUGAAUUGAUGUUUGCAUUUAUAUUACUUAUUUAUUUUGCUUUCUUUUUUAACCGAACAACCAUAUUUUGAAUAUGAUUAAUU